AUGACUUCGUCAGGUGCUCCCGUUGCUAACGCCGCCUCCCGUAACGCCGCUGUCCCUAACCUCGCUGGCGCCUACUCUACGUUCAACACUCUCCGCCUUGGUAGAUCCGCUCAGACCAUUGUUGCUCGCCUCAUCCGGUUCUGGGAUUCUCGGAACAUCCACAAGAAUGGGGAGUUUGUGGGAAUAACUAUUCUCCUCCUCGAUGAACAGGACUCGGUGAUUCAUGGUUUCAUCCCCGCUAAUCGGGCCAGCCAGUUCCGGUCGUAUUUGAAAACCGGUUCCAUUGCAAGAUUGGAUGGUUUUGAAGUUGCUCGCGUCCCUCACAUGUACAAGAUCACCGAACAUCAGUUCGUGAUCCGCUUCAUACCUUCAACACGUAUUGUUGAAGUCUUGGCUGACGCUCCUGUGAUCAGGUCCGACAAGUUCCUGGUCCGGCACGUUGUUGGUGAAAUACGUUCCGUUCAGGGGUCUGAUCUCCAAAACGACGCAGCUACUACCCGAAUUGUGGUCCACUUACUCAUCGAACCGACUGUGACCGUAAACGUUUCUUUGUGGGAUGAGGCUGCAUCAGCCUUUAGGGGCCUCUUGAGAGAUGGAUACAAAUCCCAGUCCGUGAUGCGGGUGACCUCGGUCAAUCCUAAACUGUUUGGAGGUAACCUGUAUUUAAACUCCACACAAGGAACUAGGUUCUUCUUCGACACCACCCUCCCUGAAAUAGCAGAGUUUGUCAGCAGAGUUGGAGCUACAUCAGCUCAAGUGUAUUCCUGCAUUGACACCCUCGAAGGAAUAAAAAAGAAGGAGCUUGUCUCGAUUAGGGAUCUCAACAGCUUCAUCUCCAGUUCCAAUGAGCAGACCCAAGAAGCUGAUUUCCUCUGCAAGGCCCGUAUUGUUUGUGUCAUCCCGGAAAAUGAGUGGUCUUUUGUGUCAUGCACUGGCUGCCACAAAAAAUUGGAGAGACUUGGAACUUCGCUGAACUGUACCAGAUGUGUAACUUCAGACGUGACUGGUGUGGUCAGGUUCCGUGUUGAGCUUGCUGUUGAUGAUGGCAAUGACAGCGCAACUUUUGUUGUCUUCGACAAAGAGAUGACAAAGCUGACAAAACAGGAAGCUUCUGUUCUGGCACUCAAUGCGGUUUCAAACGGUGGAGAGGAGUAUCUGCCCAGCUGUCUUGAAGAGCUUGCAGGGAAGGAAUUUGUGUUCCAGAUCCGUGUCACACCUUUCAACUUCACUCCCAAUCACCGUACAUUCACAGUCUCCACCAUCACUGAUGAAGAUAGCAGCAUUGCGACUCAGCUGAAGGAACACAGUGAGGGCAUUAUUCCAAGCGGUUCUGGUGACGUAGGAUUAACCGCUCCGUCCUCUGGUCCGUCUGUUUUGGAAGUCAAGUACGGUGAGGAGUGUGCUUCAGCAGCCCCUCCUGAGAAUGCAGAUACUCUGAAGAAACGCAAGCGUAGCCAUGAGUAACUCGCAGAAUGACCACCUACCAGCCCGUCUCCAGUCUUUUAUAUGCUUUUUUAAAAAAACUUCUACUAUCUAUGUUUUCAAUCUCAACUUUGGGUUUAUUCCUUCUAUCUUCUUCAUAUCUACGUAUGUCUCUCUAUGUUUUAUUAUUAAUAGAUCUUUGACGGGCUUAAGUUAGAUUCCAAAUUUGCGAGACUGCAUAUUUUAUUAUUACU